AUGUCGGAUCGACUGAAAUUAGCAAAAUGGCCAAAAUCAGUUAUGUCGCAAUCGGCAUAUUUACCUCCUUGGUACGGCGGACAAGCUCACGAAUCAGCAUUUUCGAGCAAUCCGCCGUCUAAUCCACAUUACCAUUUUUCGGGUAGCAUGUGGAGUGAUUCAAACAACAUUGCCAAUAAGGAAAAAACAAGCGGAUGUACCAUAAAGUAUAAUCUCAACAGUCAAUUGAGUGCUCUGUCGGCAUCACAAGACUAUAAUCAUGUAGUUGUGGCGGGACGUGAAGCGGUAAAGAUCUUAAGUGCGUCUGAUCAGAAAAUUACCGAAGAGGACAAUCUAAGGGUAAAAGCUAGUAGCAGAUACAGUGUAAGUGACGUGAAAUGGGGAAAUAAUGCCACAAAGAGUAAAAUAGCUACCGCGACCACCAAUGGAUCUAUAGUUAUAUAUGAUCUGGGUAAUGGUAGAGCGAGAUUAGAACGAAAAAUUCAAGAUCAUGUUCGAGCAGUUAAUAGAAUAUGUUUUAACCCGCCUUCGGGUGUAUUUCUUUUGAGUGCAUCACACGAUGGCACCAUGAAACUAUGGGAUCUUAGAGAUUCGACGUCUGCAAAAAUGACACUAGUAGGAAAUUCUGAAGGUGUUCGCGACGUACAAUUUAAUGUUCAAAGUCAAAACGAAAUUGCUGCUGCAUUCGAAAAUGGGACCAUUCAGAAAUGGGACAUUAGAAGACCUACCAUGUACGAACGUAAAUUUAAUGCGCAUGUUGGAUCCGUACUUGCAAUCGAUUGGAAUUCAGACGGAAGAACACUAGCAAGUGGCGGUCGUGACAAGACAAUUAAAGCAAACGUUAAGAAGGAAAGAGACGUGAUUUUCACAAUGACUGGUAUUACGCGCAUACAAUGGCGACCAAAUCAUCCCGAUGAAAUUGCCUCAUGCGCAAUGUUGAAUGACAGUCGAAUUUUCAUAUGGAAUGUCAAAAGGCCGUACAUAUCGAGUUACUUCUUUGAAGAACAUGAUGAUGUACCAACAGGACUUAUGUGGCGUGAUCAAGAUGUACUUUGGUCAGUUUCCAAGGAUAAAUGUUUCGUUCAACAGAAUAUAAAAGAUUCCGCCAUUUACACCUUAGAUUUACUAAGUAAGAGCGGAAUUGGUUGGAGUGUGUAUGAUGAUGUUUCAUUUGUUAUCGACGGUUUCAACGAUGAGACUACUGAAGACCAGCAAAGUCUUCAAUUUCGCAAAAAUUCAAGAAAGUUUUAUUACAAUAGCGUCGAAUUUCGAAAUGAGACUCACUCGCCAUAUCAACAAAGAACUGGUGAGGUUACCCUCCAGACGUUUGAUUACAGUUCGUUCGAGUAUCUUGCAAAAAACUAUACAAUUUCUGAUUCUGACAUAUGGAACGCCUGUGAGCAUAAUUGCAAGGUUGCGUGGGAAGUGAAACGACUUCGAACCGCGCAGACCUGGAAGAUAAUACAAAUUUUAUACGGAAAGAAAACAGACGAUAAUCCUAAUGUAAACAUAAAAACAGAGCAGGAUGCUCCACCAAGCAAGUCUCCGGACGAACUAAAAGGACCUGAUCUAUACGAAGAACCCGAUAAUGUAGCAGAAACGAAUAACAUACAAAAUGAUGAUGAAACACCUGCUAUCGAAUCCGAACCCGAGGAUGAGGAUUUUUAUGAAAUAGAACCUCCCGACAAUGAAUAUUCGAGUCUCUCUAAAAAUGAUAAAAACGAAGCAUAUAAAGUCAGAUCACCUGUGAGGAUACCUUGGAAUAAUGAACCAAUGAUGACUCAGCUAUUAGAAUACUACGCUGAGCAGGGUGACGUACAAAUGUGUGUUACGCUGGUUAUGGUAUUAGGCGACAGGCUUAAGUUAAAUCAAGAUAAGGUAGAGCAAUGGUUCUUUUCUUAUAUUGCUUUGGCAUGUUGCUACGGCCGUAAUAAAAUUCUGCAAGAUUACAUCUGUUUACAUGCAAAAUCAGCCGAUGCUUUAGAGGUCUUAGGAAUGGGCUUUUGCUAUGCUAUAAAUGUCAGAAACUACCAAAUUCAUGUUCUGUUUGUCAUAUCCCAGUCAAAGGUUUAUAUGUCUGGUGUCAAGGUUGUUCUCAUGGAGGACAUCUUGUUCACAUACGGGAAUGGUUUAAAAAAUCCAUCCAAUGCCCUACAGGAUGCCAACAUCAAUGCCUAUCUUCGAUCUUCUUGCUUUCCGGUGAGGAUCUGGAUCCCUAAAGAGGAGAUCAUAUUAUUCGAUCAGAGCCAUCCACUACCGAAUCAUUCUAUCGGAUGA